CCGGGGCCCCGCACUGUCUGGAGAGGGCAGCGCUCUUCUUACUUCAGGAAGAUGGCUCAGGAGGUCUGCUGCGGGUACAAGAGGGAACUUGUUUACAGAUUGAGACUGAGACAGCUUUCCAUGGACGGCUCUGAAGAUGACCCGACCAUAUUCAGGGCUCACUGUCUGCCCAGCGACCCCAGGCUCUGGGCCACUGUAACGAACUCAUACCUAGGGACACGUGUAUAUCAUGACACCAUCCAUAUAAACGGUGUAUACAAUGGAGCUGGGGGGGACACCCACCGGGCAACUCUGCCCAGCCCCCUCAAUGUCCAGCUGAAAGCCCCUGCAGGGACAGAACAGCUGACAGAGACCUUUACCCUGGACACCAACACAGGUUCCUUCCUCCACACCCUGGAAGGCCCCAGCUUCCGAGCUUCCCAAUGCAUCUAUGCUCACCGUGUGUUACCCCAUGUACUGGUCUUCAGCGUGUCCAUUGCACGCUUGACCACAGAGAACAAGCCCAUCACAGUGCUGCUACAGGCAGACUUCUCCCCAGAAAGCCCAGACCUGGACCUGCAUGUGGGGCCUGACUUCCAGGGACUCCGGUACCUGCAUGGCCACACACUCACCCCUGAGCAGCCUGGAGAGCCACAGCAGGAAGUGCAUAUGCUAUGGAUGCCGGUUCCCCCAGCCUUGACCCUUGGGGAAGAGGAGGACAGGACCUGGGAGUUUCUGACUGUUGUGGGUAGCAGCCAGGCUGAAGCCCGGGACUGCUUUGCUGAGGCCCUACAGCUGCAGACCAGGGGCGUUCUGUAUUCAGUCCAUGCAGACUCCUGGGGCCAGCUCUGGGCAGGCUGUGGCCUGGAUGUGGCUGGGCCCUUGGUCCUGCGCCAGGCCCUUCGUGGCUCUCUCUACUACCUGUUCAGUGAGCUUCCCCAGCCUGGCACUCAUGGAUCCAUCAGCCAUGGGCUUAGCCCUGGAGGCCUCUCCAAUGGGAGUCGGGAGGAAUGCUACUGGGGCCAUAUCUUCUGGGAUCAGGACCUCUGGAUGUUCCCAAAUAUUUUGAUGUUCCACCCAGAGGCUGCCAGGGCCAUCCUAGAAUAUCGAGUCCGUACGCUGGCAGGAGCCCUGAAGAAUGCUCAGAACCUGGGCUACCAGGGAGCCAAGUUUGCUUGGGAGAGUGCAAGCACUGGCCUAGAGGUCUGCCCUGAGGACAUUUAUGGGACCCAGGAGAUCCAUAUCAACGGGGCUGUGGCCUUGGCCUUUCAGCUGUACUACUAUUACACUCAGGACCUGCAGCUCUUCCAAGAGGAAGGUGGCUGGGAUGUGGUCAGUUCUGUGGCUGAGUUUUGGUGCAGCCGUGUAGAAUGGAGCUCCCAGGACAAGCUGUACCACCUGAAAGGAGUCAUGCCCCCUGAUGAGUACCACUCAGGAGUCAACAACUCAGUGUACACCAAUGUCCUGGUCCAAAACAGCUUGCACUUCGCUGCUGCUUUGGCCAAGGACUUGGGUUUGCCUAUCCCCAAACAGUGGCUGGAGGUGGCUGAUAGGAUCAAGGUACCAUUUGACUCUGAGCUGAACUUCCACCCCGAGUUUGAUGGCUAUGAGCGUGGAGAAGAAGUGAAGCAGGCGGAUGUUGUGCUCCUGGGAUACCCAGUCCCCUUUCCACUGAGCCCUGACAUCCGAAGGAAAAACUUGGAGACUUAUGAAGCCGUGACAUCCCCCUGGGGCCCUGCCAUGACCUGGAGCAUGUUUGCUGUGGGCUGGAUGGAACUGAAGGACCCCUCAAGGGCUCAGGUCCACCUGAGCAGGAGUUUUGCCAAUGUCACUGAACCCUUCAAGGUAUGGACAGAGAAUGCAGAUGGAUCUGGUGCAGUGAACUUCUUGACAGGCAUGGGGGGCUUCCUGCAGGCAGCACUCUUCGGGUGCACAGGAUUCAGGAUCACUGAGGCAGGUGUGACCUUUGACCCCCUGUGUCCAGACCUGCUCUCCAGAGUAUCUGUCUCUGGUGUCUCCUACCUGGGGAACAAGCUCAACUUCACCUUUUCCAAGGACUCGGUGACACUUGAGGUCACAGCCCGUGCAGAGCCCCGGGCACCCCUGCUAGAAGCUGAGCUGUGGCCAUCACUGGCCCGGCUUCCCCUGACACCAGGACAGAAAGUCUCCUUUCCCCACUCAGCUGGCCGGAUACAAAGGUCAUCCCCAUAGCUGCCCAGAAGUUCUUCAGUGUUUCCUGAUAGGAGUUUUGACAAUAGAAGUCCCUUUCAAGCCUGG